AUGUAGUUUGCUUGUAUAUGCCAAAUUCAUAAAACUGGUUUCGCACAUUUAGACAUUAAACCAGAUAAUAUAAUGCUAGAAUCAAGAGAUUUUGGACUAGCCUAGUCCUCUAUCUUGCAUUUAAUUGAUUUUGGAGUUAGUGCUAAAUACAAAGAAAAAAUUUUUUAGUCUAAUACCUCUUUGAAAAGAGACUUUUUCGGAAAUUUCGCAUUCAGCAGUAGACAGUAAAUGCUUGGUUUAGCUCCUUCAAGAAAAGAUGAUAUCAUCUCAGUACUCUAUCUACUCUUAUAUCUCAAAGAAGGUAGGUUGCCCUGGUCCGAUAUCGAGAGUCAAGGGAAUCUUUAAAAGACUUUCAAGAUGAUUUAAAAGCAAAAAUGCUCUUUCCAUCUCUAUCUCUCUAACAAGGAUCAUAAUUGUAUUAUUAUAAAUUUAUUCAUUCAUUAAUCAGGUUUAUUUCGACAGCUUCUAAAAAUGACUGAUAACUUGCAAAGUGAGGAUGAGCCUGAUUAUGACUAUUAUAUUCAGAAAAUGAUAGUGGCCUUCCCAAAUAGUAAGAAAGGAAUUGAUUGGGUUAUGGACUGGUCCAGGACCUCCAUUGAGUGGUAUAACUCUUAUCACAAAUAUAAAAAUUAUUUCUAAACAAUAAUAAACUCUAAAACUAAAUAAAAGAGGCAAUAUGAAGAUUAAAAAUAAGGCCUAAGAGCAAUAAGUUCUUUUGCCGUUGAUUAACACUCGAAUAGAAAUUUGAGUCUAACAGUCAAAAAUAGUCUUGAAAUUCUUAAACUUUCUCACAACCCUACUCCAUCUAGCUCAGCUCUUAUAAAGCUAUCGAAUAUCAAAUGUGCGCAAGGUGGCUAAAUUAAUAACUUAAAUGAAUUUUCAGGAAUUUUCUCAUUGAAACAGUCUUAAACAUCAUCAAAUAACUUAAAGGAUUUAAGCAAAUCAACGAAACAGAUGAAUAAGUCAAUAAGAAUAAAGAAUUAAUAACCAGUUUCCCUCAUUCAAACUCAAGUCACUCGAAAUGAACUAAGUAUUAAUAAUUAAAAUUUGAAGAGAACUAAUAACAUAUUAUUUAAUCAAAAUAUCCCAAGUCUUAUAAAGAAUGAUAGUACUAAUAACAAGCCAAUAGGUCAAGAGCUGACGUCUUAAAAUCUACAUUAAUUUCUAGAAGAAAUAAGAGAUAUCUCAGUGGAUGGGUCCCUAUUUCUGUGGUAGAAUUUACAAAAUUCAAGAGAUAAGCAGGUCCCUUUUAAGUUCUUUAAUUGUAAAUCUUUGAUUCCUCUCAUUGCAGAAGAGUAAAGCUAAGAAUAGAUUGCAGAAAAUUAAGAAGCUGAUAGUAAUUAAUAAUUCAAUUUCUAAGAGGAGAACGAAUUCAACCCAAAAGAGUUUGACGAAGAAUUUGAUCUGAUUGAAAUUCUUAGAGACAAAUACUAGGAGUAUCAGUAAUGUUCUUAAGUAAGAGUCAAUGAUUUGAAAAAGAUAAACAUGUCCUGA